AUGCAAAAUAUUGCCAUUUUUCUCAAUAAUGAACUGGCUCGCGCGUUCCUUGUACCUUGCCCAAAACUGAUUGCAGACUACACUUCUCAUAUGGGUGGUGUAGACAAGGCGGAUCAAUACCUUCAGUAUUAUUCAUUUAACCACAAAACAAGGAAAUGGACAGUGAAGGUGUUCUUUCGUCUGCUGGAGAUAAUGAAGCUGAAUGCUUAUCAGCUGUUUCUUCAAAGUCCUCACCACCUUCCCGGACAAGGAAAGCAGCAGCUCUCAUUCCUGCAGUUCACCCAAAGCAUCAUAAAGGGACUGGUGGGUGGAUUCACCUCUGGUGCCAGGAAAGGAAGACCAUCUCUGCUGCCCUUGGCUGAUCGCCUUACACAGCGCCAUCUACCUGGGACACUACCAUCUCGGUCAUGGUGUCAU